AUGGCACCAACACUAGCAGAACAAGUGGCAGUAGACCAAGUCUCCCCCGGAGAAUACGUCUCCCGCCUCAACCCCAUCAGGAUGGGCAACGCCAUGCCCAUAGCCUACGGCGGCUGCACAGCCAGCAUCGCCGUCAACGCAGCGUGCCAAACAGCACCCGCCUCCAUGUCACUCUACUCCGUCCUCGGGCACUUCCACGGCCCCGCAUCAACAGAUAAGAAACUCCACUGCAGCGUGACAAACAUUCGCGAUACGCGAUCUUUCGCGACGCGGAGGGUUCAGGUCAAGCAGCAGCAGCCCAAUGGGAAGUUCCGCGUUUCUGGGAUUACUCUGAACCGACGUGCUCGAAAUGGCCAAGGGCGGAGGAUUGUCCGAAUUUAG